AUGACCAUCGCCCCAUCCACAGCCCUCCCACCAUUCUCCCGAGUGGCGAUCAUCGGUGCAGGAGGCGCUUCGGGUUUAGCCGCACUCUCUCAACUUCUCGAUAAAGGUGCAAAACCGGAUCAGAUAGUAGGCUACGAAGCUAGAGAUACAGCAGGCGGAGUAUGGAACUAUGAUGCGGAUGCUGGGGAAUGUAAGGUCACUUGGGCCGAAGACGGGAGUCUGGCGUUGCGAACUGAAAAAGAAAUUUACGAUGCUGGUAGGAAUGGUCCAAAUGCUAUUUAUGAUGGACUCAGAACAAACCUGCCUCAGGAAUGCAUGACAUUCAGAGAUGCCCCGCACCCGAAAGGCACCGAGACGUUUCCGACUUAUCAUCAGAUCGCAUCUUACCUCCAAGGUUAUGCAAAAGAUAAAGGACUCUUGUCUCUGAUCCGGUUUAAGACUUUGGUGAGGCAAGUCCAUCACACGCCUGAUACGACAGACACAUCGAAACGCUGGACCGUGGUCGUCGAAUACGUAGAUGGGAAGGGCGAAUUUGUCAAUGAUCUAGAGUACUUUAGCCAUAUCAUCGUCACCAAUGGCCAUUUCAAUGUCCCUUAUGUACCUUCUAUACCCGGAUUGAGGUCAUACAAAGGGCAGAUCUUGCAUAGUCGAUGGUGGAGGAACCCCAGAUCCGUACGAGGUAAAAACAUCAUAAUCGUCGGGUCUCACGCCUCAGGAACCGACAUAGCUCGGGAUAUAGCUUUAGAUGAUGAGGCCACCGACGCUCAGACUCCGAAGCUUGCAAGGACGAUCUAUCAGUCAGUAAGAGAGAAAGAUCAAUCACGACCCAACGACGAAGGGGAUGAUCAAUCGUUGUAUCCGAAUACAAAAUGGAGGGAUCACGUGGAGACUGUACCCGAGAUUGAGAGGGUUGAGGGUGAUUUGGUGUACUUGAAAGGGGGUAAAGUAUUGAGUGGAAUAGAUGUGAUAUUAUUUGCAACUGGGUAUCUGUAUUCUUACCCUUUCUUCUCGCCUGACAAAGCUCCUUUCGAUUCCCAUCCGAUCAUCCGAUCAUCAACCCAGGAAGAAAGAAGUCUAUCGGCUGGUCCGGCAAACAGACCUAUCAACUUAGACGAAACGGAUACGUUCUAUGUACCGGAUAAGACACUGGCUUUUAUAGGGUUGCAUCGUUUUGUCAACCCUCUACCUUUAUUUGAACGGUCCGCUCGGCUGAUUGCCCAUUGUUUCAUCAACGGUUCCAUCCCGCCCCUACCACCGCUAAAACGAGAUUCGGAUAUACCCGGAGAUUUGAAUAUUGGUCACCCACAAGAAUUCGAGAAUCAAGAUGAAUGGUUGAAAGCUAUAGGCGAUGGAGACGAAUGGAAGGUCCCACAGCGAUUGAGAGAUCUACGAGGGAAUGCUAUCAAGAUCAGGAAGGAGCAUCUAGGGUACUGA